AUGCGGAGCUUGGACAAAAGAGUAUAUUAUGACUGUGAUGAGAGCAAGAUGUUGAGUUGUGACAAUAGAAUUAGCAUCUUAAAAGAUGUUGCCUCGGCAAUAUUGUAUUUGCAUGAAGGAUGGGAAGCUAAGGUCCUACAUAGGGAUAUUAAGGCAAGCAAUAUAUUGCUUGAUAAAUAUAUGAAUGGAAGGUUGGGGGAUUUCGGAGUAGCCCGGAUGCACGGGCACGGCCAAGUGGCUAGCACGACACGUGUGGUCGGAACGGUGGGUUAUUUAGCCCCCGAGGUGUUUAGAGGUAGACGAGCAUCGACACAAACCGAUGUGUUCAGUUUUGGGAUCUUAGUCUUAGAGGUCAUGUGUGGGAGGAGACCUAUAGAAGAAGGGAAACCAGCUUUGGUGGAAUGGGUAUGGGAGUUGAUGAUGCAAAAUGAAAUACAUGCCGCACUCGAUGCGCGAUUGAGAACCAGCGGAGGGCUCGACGAGGAAGAGACGGAGAAGAUACUGCAUUUAGGCUUGUUGUGCUCAUAUCCUGACCCUGAUUCCAGACCAUCAAUGAGACAAGUUGUUAAAGUCCUGGAGUGGAAGAGUCAGCCAGAGGCUUAUGAACCGGGAACCGAGGAUAUGGCAGCACGUUUGCUGCAAAAAGUGAAGUCCAGGGAUAUGUGGGUUAAUUACUCUCAAAGUUUUGGCUAUGCACCACACCCGAUGUUCGACGGUAUACAACAGUCGAGUUCCAUGUCAGUCACUUGGACCAACAGCAUUGUGGAAGGUAGAUAA